UGACACGUCUAUGACAGAAAUAUAGAAAUACCAUUUCAUGAAUGAAUCCAAAUUACUGACAAAUUGGAAAUUUCAAGAACGCAUCUUAUAGAAAUUGGUGAAUAUUUACAGGCAACAUGUCGACAAACAUAAAUGUGAAAGAAAUCGUCAAUAACAUAGUAAAUGGAACAUUUGGUAAACACAAUUGUUUAAUUUGUUUAUCACAGUUGAGAGAGCCUUGUGGCGAUAUAUUCACUAGAAUAAGUGAAGAUAAAUACUCGUCGGUUGCAGAUAUGCUAGAAUUGUGUGGUAUUAAGCUUCCACUAUCAGUUCAGAAUAAAGUUUGUUCAAAGUGUUUCAAGUUGGCAUCAGCAACAUACUUAUUUCACAAGAUCGCUCAGCAAACCGAAGAUGUGCUUAAUUUCUAUCUGAAUGAACUGGACAAACAGAUAACACCAUGUAUUUCGGAUGAGACGCAAUCUAUUUGUAUUACUCUACCUCAUUAUACACCAUUAACUUACACUUAUAGUGAAGAUUUACCUUUGGAAGAUAUUAUAGAACAAUCUUUAAAGAAAGAGGAGGGCAAUAUUUCAAAUAAUGUUAAAUUGGAACCAUUUGAUGAUGAUCCCGAUAAUAUUGUAAUCAUUUCACAUGACAACGGCAAAUCAGAUUUUUUUAAAGCACAAAAUGGGAGAUUGAAACUUUUAGACAUCAAUUUUAGCGGACAGAACGGUGUAAUAGAUGAUAAAAGUAAAAUAAAAAGGCGCAGGAAAAGAAAACCGAUGAUGUUUAAAUCUUGCAGUCAGUGCCCAGUUAAAUAUAGAUUACUAGGCAAAUUGAAAGAGCAUAUGAAGACGCAGCAUAAUAUAGACCUUCAUAUUUGUAAGGUCUGCAAAGCAUUCAUAGAAGACGAUCAAGAGUAUAGAAAACAUUUGAGGACCCACGGCGAUAUUCAUGUCUGCGCCAAGUGCAACAUGGUUUUCAAAAGGCGGGAAGCAAUCAUAAAUCAUCUUAAAUGGCACGACGAUGUCAAUAACCUGACCAAGUCAGACAAAGCACACAUUUGUGAAAUCUGCGGUUUGGUGCUCGAAGACAGUGACCAUUUACAGGAGCAUUAUGACAAGAAACACGUUAAAAAGUACACAUGCUAUUAUUGCGGCCGCAUGUACAAGGGGGAGAUUAGUUUUGAAAUGCACAUCAAGAAACAUGAAUUGCAUAUGAAUAAAAAAGAAAUCCAAGAAAAACCAAAGAAGACGUCAAAGCGAAAACACACUUGCACACAAUGCAAUAAAGAUUUCGUUGACGAAAGAGCUCUGUUGUGGCACAACAGACUACACACUAACGAAAGGCCAUAUCCCUGUAAGGUGUGCGGGCGCGCGUUCGUGUCGCUGAACCGGCGCAACCAGCACGCCGUGUGCGCGCACUCGGCGCCGGCGCGCCGCUGCCCGCUGUGCCCCGCGCUCUUCCACCUGCGCUCCAUGGUCAACACGCACAUCAAGAAGGUACACUUAAACGCUCACAAGCGCAGAAAUCGAACGACUAAACACCAAAACGUGUAUUGGAAAACGGAAACGGUGCCCAUUCAGGAGUUGAGUGUGUCCAUACAAGAUGAGAUAUUGGAACUGCAAGCCAAGAAGAACGGUAAAUCUCUAUAUGAUUUGUGACAAAAAAGUUUUGGUAAUUAAAAUCAUACUGAGGAAUGAGGAACA